ACUAAACGGUUUGUUUUGAAUUUUUGUUUUAUUGUUUUGAAAAAUUCAAUACGGCACGCGACUAUUAAACAAGUGACACUUAAAUAUACGUUUAAUCGUUUAAUGUGUGGUGGAUUGUUUUUUGUUGAAAUCUGCAAAACUAAAUACAAAAUUUAUUGAUAAUCAAAGAAGACUUUAAAAGCAAAGAAAAUAUUAUAAACAACUAAAGAAUUUAUUUAACAAGAAGAAUUAUGUAUCUUGUGCAAAUUGAGAUGAAAACAAAGAAAUUAUAAAAGUGUUAAAAAAAACAAAAAUAAUAAUAAAAUAUUUUUAAAAUUCCUUGAAUGCUAUGCAAAUUAGAAAAUGAUAAAAUUGUCAUUUUAAAUAGAGUAAAAAAAGUGACUAGAAUGUUCCUUGAAGUUAAAUAAGACAAAUGUUUGUUUUACAAAAGAAAUAAUUUAAUAAAAAUUAAACAACAAUUGGCAAUAAUAAUAACAACAAUUUUUGAUAUUAAAAAAAAACUCAACAGUUCAGUGACUAUUUAGUUCCCUCCCUUCAAAAAACCAUCACUAUUAUCAUCAUUAUUACUAUAACCAGUCAUCGACAGGCAACCAACGUUCGUUCGUCUAUCGUUUCAUAAUUCUGUUUAUUAUCAAUUGUAAAACUAAAAACUACAACAACAACAAAAUCAACAACAAAUAAUGAUUGUGGACAAGAAGGGCCAGCAGGCAGCACUGGCAGAAGAUUUCAAUCAAAUCAAUUUAAAUAACAUAAAUUUAAAUAUUACAACAACAACAACAACAUCAACAACAACUUCCACAAAUACUGAAGCAAUUGAAGAUUUAGCUAUAAUAACAACAAGAACAACAGUGCAACAUUCACAAUACAAAAAUCAAACCAAGUCCAUGGCUCAAUCACCUAUCAAUAAAAGGCGUCACACUGCCUUGCCUCAUUCAUUGAUUAUGAAUCAAACCCAACAACAACAACAGCAACAUCAUUCCCACUCGACUGCACAAAACCAUAUCAUAGAGGAAUUAAUCGAUUUAGAAUUAUUGGAAACUAAACCGAUUUUAAGAAAAUCUUUAUCAACACCCGCCUUUAAUGCUUUAGAAACUCAACAUCCGCUUAAAAGUGAAGUUACUAUAAUAAUCAAUCAUAAUCAUCAUCAACAGCAGCAGCAGCAGCCGCAACAGCACCAAAAACAACAACAUCAUCAUCACCAGCAAUCGCUGCAGCAACAACAACAUAAACAUCAUCAUCAUCAUAAUCAACAUCAUUGUCAAGUGCAUACAAAAAACAUGAUUAAUUUAAAUAAUCACAAAUCAACGAUUUCAAAUAAUAAUUGCAACAACUUAUCAGCCACUAAAACUACAACAACAUCGAAUAAUAACAAUAAUAAUGCCACAACAACAAUAGCUAAUAAUAAUUCUAAUUCUUCCUCCUCAUCAUCAUCGCCGCCAGAUACAACAACAACAACAUCAUUAAAUCAACGUUUAGGUUGUGCUCAUUAUAAACGUCGCGCUAUGUUUGUGACUCCCUGCUGUAAUAAAUUCUACAAAUGUCGAUUUUGUCACGAUGAAAAUGAAACGCAUCAUUUUGAUCGCAAAACCUUAACCGAACUGAUCUGCUCAGAAUGUAAUACCAGACAAAAGGUACAAGAACGUUGUCAAAAUUGUGGCAUACGUUUUGGAAAGUACACCUGCUUGAUCUGUAAUCUCUUUGAUGAUUCCAAUAAACGUCAAUAUCAUUGCGAUCAGUGUGGCAUUUGUCGCAUUGGUGGCCGAGAGAAUUUCUUUCACUGUAAAGUCUGCAAUAUGUGUUUACCCAUACAAUUGAAAAUUGAUGGCCACAGGUGCGUAGAAAAUAUAUCACGUUCUCACUGUCCUGUGUGCCUUGGCGACAUACAUACCUCACGCAUUCCAUGUCACAUUCCUGACUGUGGUCAUCUACUGCAUAAAAUGUGUUUUGAUCAGCUCUUAACCUCAGGCCAUUAUACAUGUCCCACGUGUCAGACAUCACUAAUAGAUAUGACAGCAUUAUGGGAGUAUUUAGAUGCCCAGGCUGAAUUAAUGCCCAUACCUAAGAAAUAUGAAAAUCAAAGAAUACAUAUAUUUUGUAAUGAUUGUCAUAAGACUUCCAAAACAAAAUUCCAUUUUAUUGGUUUAAAAUGUGUUAACUGUGGCGCUUACAAUACCACGCAGGAUGUUAAGAGACGUAUGUCUCUGGUUACAGAUGAAUCCACGUCUGCCUGACAUUUGGUGUUUUCAAAAGCUUCUGUACUAAAGACGUCUACAAUGCAUAAAUUGAAAAACUUAAUAUUUAGUUUAUUUGAAAAUAUAUUCUAAUUGGUUUUUCUACAGGA